GGGAGUCGGAAAAUCCCGAUUUGCUCUGUGCUCUCACCUUCCGAACCGAAGACUCUGAAACUGAUCCUCGCAAUUCGUCUGUUUCCGAUCAGAUUAUUCGAUUUCGGAUUAUCUUUUCAUUCUGUAUCUAAUGGCGUCCAGUUCGUUUCGUGGCGGUAGUUCCUUCUACAAUGGCAACGCUGCUCCUUAUCGCUCCAGGGAGGGGCUUAGCACAAGAACGGCGGCUGCUUCCGAUGAAAUUCAACUUCAGAUCGAUCCGAUGCAAGGGGACUUGGACGACGAGAUCGUAGGUCUUCACAGUCAAGUUAAAAGGCUUAGAAAUAUUGCUCAUGACAUUGGGACAGAAGCAAAGUUCCAGCAUGAUUUUCUAGAUCAAUUGCAAAUGACAUUGAUCAAAGCUCAAGCAGGGGUGAAGGACAAUGUAAGAAGAUUGAACAAAAAAAUCAUACAGAACGGAUCAAAUCACGUCGUCCAGGUUGUCAUAUUUGCAUUGAUCUGUUUCUUUAUAGUGUACAUGUGGAUGAAAAUAUCCAGAAAAUGAAUGUUCUUCCUCAUUUUCUUCCUCAUUAUGAAUGAAAAACCAGUUUGCUGGCCGGCAAAAAAGGGAAAAGAAACAGGAAUGAUGUUGAAUAUAUUAUCGCUGCCUCCCCCUCAGCUUAGAAUAUGGGACAGUGAAAAUAGGCUUUUGAUUUUCUCUUAUAGGAACAUUUUUGGUAUACUUUUAUACGCUAUAAAGAUUUGUAUUGUGCCUCAUAACUAUAGUAUUAUUCGUUAAUUCAUUUA